GUGCUCAGAUAAAAGGAGUCGACAAACAGGGUGAAAGCCAGUUUCUUCAGGACAAACUGUGGCAGCAGACAGGUGCACCAGCAGUCCUGAUCCGGAAUGCAAACUUUUGUACCGCUGUGCGCUCUUCUCCUGCUCCUCUCUUUUGUCCACGCAGAUGUUGUGGAACGUUUUGAGGAUGUGCCAGAAUGCAUGAAAUACUUUUAUAAAGAGAAGGUGCCAGAGUGGGGGACUUCUACACCUGGUGCUGCCCGCCUCUGUCAGCGCUUUGUCAACAGGUUUCACUUUGCCACGCUGUAUGACACCAUCCAUCGUAUUGCUGUCUACUCUGCCUAUCAAUUCCAGCCCAGCAAUGGGGGUGGCAGGGAGAACAGGUGGUUUGUGGAGCCGCAGCUGGUAAACAAGUCCUGGCAAGCAGAGAUGAAAGAUGGAUACUGGCUGGGGAAGGACCACCCUGGGGUCUACCUCGGAGAAAGACAAGCUCUGAAUGAGGACUACACAAACUCUGGCUUUGACCGUGGUCACCUCAACCCCAAUGGACACCAUCCAGUCCCUAGCCGCAACGCCACUUUCACCCUGACCAAUGUGGUUCCUCAGAACCCAAAGCUGAAUCAGAAUGCCUGGAAGAUCCACGAGUCCCAGCUCACAGAGCUUUUUCUGGACAAGUGCUCUAAGGCCUACGUGCUGGUCGGUGUCAUUCCUUCUGCAGACAGCUGGAUUGUUAAAAACAAUGUGAAGCGUGUCAACAUCCCAGACUAUGUGUGGAAUGGCUACUGCUGUGUGGACAACAAUGAUAGACCCAUUCAGAGUGGCGCUGCCACAGCAAGGAACACCGAGGAAAACUGGGUGGAGCAGCUCUCUCUGGACGAGCUGGGAGAAUUCUUGCAGCAGUUCUCCACAAAACCAGUAGGGGAGCUGUUUUACAACAAUUGCAGAGCAUGAAAGCGAUGACUAAGAUUAAUUUAAGGCACUUUUAAUUUUACAUUUUUGUUUUACAGCUUUUAAACCAAUGAAUCCCUUAUCUUUAAAUGCUAAAUAAAUGAAUAUAAAUGAGAA